AUUUCUUCUACCUGCUCUCAUAUUCCAUGCACACUGAAGUCUUGCACAUUGUUCUCAACUCGACGUCGAAGCUUUCAUAUUGCUAAAUCAGCACGGUCCGAGUUGCAGCGCAGACUUCUGAGCCCGCUGCGGAGUGGCGCUGCUAUACCUGCUCAUCUAGCUAGGAGUCUUCAAUUGCCGCCACAAUGAGUGCGAUUCUAUCUGCCGACGACUUGAACGAUUUCAUUUCUCCCGGAGUUGCGUGCAUCAAGCCUGUGGAAACUCUCCCUGCAAAGGAUCCUUCGAAAACAGAUAACCCCUAUGAAGUAACCACAGAAGACAAAGUGCAGCCUGAAAAUCUUCCACCGGCACAAAUCUCUUUGACUGACUGCCUCGCCUGCUCUGGGUGCGUCACUUCAGCUGAGGCCGUGCUCAUCUCGUUGCAAUCGCAUGCGGAAGUCCUCAACACUUUGGAUGCGCAUCCCGAGUUGCUGAUCAACCGUGAAAAUGGGACAUUAGCACAGGGUCUGGGCACGGACAAUGACGAAGGCCGAGUUUUCGUCGCAAGUGUUAGCCCUCAGGUGAGGGCAAGCCUAGCAGCAACCUAUGGAAUCACGGAGAAGGAAGCAUCAUACAUGAUCCAGCAGUUCCUCAGCGGUCCCCACGGUUUGCGGGCUGGAGGCAAGAAUGGCAGCGGCUUCACAUGGGUUGUCGACACCAAUGUUCUGCGCGAGGCUGUCUUGGUCCUUACGGCGGACGAAGUUGGCGAGACUUUGACGACCAACCCCGAUUCCCCUAGCACAAAGAGCGCAACCAAUACUCUUCCCAAACGGCCGAUCCUCUCGUCCGCAUGUCCAGGCUGGAUAUGUUAUGCGGAAAAGACACAUCCAUUUGUUCUCCCACAUCUGUCACGACUCAAAUCACCGCAAGCGUUGGCGGGCACCUUUUUCAAGACUGUCCUCAGUAAAUCACUUGGCAUCCCGGCCUCUCGUAUAUGGCAUUUGGCCGUCAUGCCUUGCUUUGACAAGAAGCUUGAAGCUAGUCGUGAGGAGCUUACCGAUGCUUCGUGGCUGCCUGCGAAGGACGAAGACCACACAGCCGUCCGUGAUGUUGAUUGCGUGAUCACCACUCGCGAACUUCUAAGCCUAGCGUCUUCCAGGGGCCUUGCGCUUCCCAACCUACCGUUCAAAUCCCUUCCUCAGUCUUAUAUACCACCAUUCCCCGAUACCACUCUGAACGAAUUUCUGUUCUCAAAGUCUUCCCCAGGACAAUCAACUGCCGCAGGUACAUCCGGAGGCUACCUCCACCACGUGCUUCAGACUUUCCAAGCACGUAAUCCAGGCAGUGAGAUUGUCACUCAACGAGGAAGAAAUGCCGAUGUAGUCGAGUACACCCUCAUGUCGUCGGAGCACACGCCUAUCCUGAAAGCUGCUCGCUAUUACGGCUUCCGCAAUAUUCAAAAUCUUGUUCGCAAGCUGAAACCAGCUCGGGCUUCUCGUCUUCCGGGCGGUAGUCGACGAAUGCCAGUCGGACGGGGCGCUGCUUCUGGUGGUUCUGGUACAGACUACGCUUAUGUAGAAGUCAUGGCAUGCCCUGGAGGCUGUACCAAUGGAGGAGGUCAGAUACGCAUUGAAGAUGCCCGCGAAGCUAGCUCCAGCGUGCAGUCCUCAACCUCGGGCGAAGUGCCCGACUCCUCGUCGAAGCCGACACCACAUGAGCAACGCGCUUGGCUUGCCCGUGUAGACGAGGCAUAUUACUCUGCGGAGUCUGACUCCGAGUCGGAAGCCGGAAGCCAGUCGCAGCCUUUAAUCAUUCUUGAGAAAGAAGACAAAGUCCAUAAUGCCAUGCGUUAUUGGUCCGACUCCAUGGGCAUCCCGCUCUCGAAGCUUGCCUACACCACAUAUCGCGAGGUUGAGAGUGAUGUUGGCAAGUCCCAGCCUGCCGCGAACGAUACUACUCGUGUUGCUGAGCUUGCUGGGAAGAUUGGCGGUGGUUGGUAAAUUUAGUUUCUUUUCUUUCACUUAUUUAUGACAUAUACCCUGUGAUGUUUGGAUGACAUGAGCUAUGCGUGCAUUUUCUUCAUCGGGACAACAGUCUUUGCAUUUGGACAGCACAUUCUAUAGAGAGAUACCAUGUUUGCAGGUGGAAUUGGUGGCAACACGAUAAGUCGUGGGAGAUGUAUAUUGUGUCUUAUACUAGAUACAAUCCAAAAGGCAAGCAACUA